UUCUAACACCCCACCUGCUCACCACGUCCUUUGUAACCUUUAAAGCACAGGGUACCAGCGUUGAUGCUCACAAUCAGUUCAUGCACUCAGCAACAACAGGAAAUAUUUGACCCCUUCAUCCCAUCAUCAUCAUUAGCAACAUGUUUCUGUUGAACGUUUGCCUCUGUGCUGGUGUCGUGCUGUCUUUCCCUCAGUUUGCACAUCAGUCAUGCACAGAAGGGACACCAAAACAAUGUAUGGAAGCAGAAGCGGCUCCAGGUACCAACUUGGCGGGUGAGGGCUUCGACAUCACCACAAUGGCUCGAAAGGGAGCCUUUGUGAUUGACAUGAGUCGGUGGCAACGCAAGGACAAAAAAUGCACCCUCUGCGUUAACCCCUACCUAGAGAUGAAACGGCAGAAGCUUCCUCUGUCGGUGGUGCACUGGAGGCCCACGCACUCCUGCAGCAUGAAGGUGUCCAGUCAGCUCCACCGCAGCAGCGAGGAUCUGCUCAGCUCCAGCAUCUCAAGUGUGGAAAACGACUGGAAGGUCGGUCUAGAAGUGAAUGCGAAAAACAAAGCGUCAAUCAUGAUGGCUGGAACUAAUUCUAAACUGGCUAAUUACGCAAUGGAUAAAACCAAGAAUGACAAGUACAGCUUCACCAGUCAAGCCAUGUCCUGUGAGUACUAUAGGUACCGGAUUUCAAACACCCCCAGAGUUCACAGGGAAUUUAAUAAAGCAGUGAAAAAACUUCCCAAAACCUACGACCACAGUUCUAAACAACAAUAUUACAAGCUAAUUGACAACUUUGGGACCCAUUAUAUUACACAGGUGAAGUUAGGAGGAAGUAUUCAAACGGUGACCAGUGUGAAACAAUGCCAGGCCAGUCUGCAGGGCCUCAGUGUAGAAGAGGUGCAGAUGUGCCUGGAAGUGGAAGCAUCAGCAACCAUCCAUGUCAUCACUGUAGAGAGUCAAGUUAAACACUGCAAGAAGGACAUGGAGAAGUCGGAGAGUAAGUCAUCCUUCUCCAGCCUCUUCAGGGACAGGUUCGUAGACAUCAAGGGAGGCAGCACCACAGAGCCCGACUUACUGUUCUCUGCAGACGUAAGUCCAUCAGCUUAUAAGGACUGGCUCAACACGCUACCACAGAAUCCAGACAUCGUUUCAUACUCUCUGGACCCACUCCAUCAGUUAGUGUCUCCAAAGUCACCUUGGUACGCAAACCUGCGCUCAGCUAUUAGUCAUUACAUCUUGGAGAAGGCUUUGAUGAGAAACUGUAGUGAGAGCUGUCAAACAGGCAUCAAGGGAUCACGGGAUCCUUGCGUGUGUCAAUGUCACAAUACCCCGGCAGUAACACCCGACUGCUGCCCUGUUCGUAAGGGAAUGGCCCGGGUCAUGAUAACUGUACAAAAAGCCGAGAAUCUCUGGGGGGAUCAUGGCUCAGCCACCGAUGGUUACGUUAAGGUUUUGUUCAAUGAUAAAAUUGUUCAGCAGUCACAUGUAAUUAACAACAACAACAACCCAAAGUGGAACACAAUAGUUGACCUGCAUGCUCAGGAUUUGUCCUCAGGGCAAAAAGUUAGAUUUGAAGUGUGGGAUGAGGACAGCGGAUGGGAUAAUGACCUGUUGGGAGUUUGUGAGCAAAUUGUAGCUCCGGGAGUCAAAUCUGAUGUGUGUGCCUUGCAGCACGGUCGGCUGUUCUUCAAACUGGAGAUCACUUGUGCUCCAAGUCUAGCUGGAGAUUCUUGCAUGCAGUACAUGCCUUCACCAAUGAGGUCAAGUCUGAAGAAGCUCUAUGUCUCCCGUCAUUCUCACCCCAUUCCACGGGAUGUGCUGUUAGACAUGGGUGUGUUUGUGGACCGGCCUCCGAAAAACCAAAGUCUUACAUAGCAGUAAAGUGAGGGUGAUGUGGCUACACAUCAGAGAAACACUGGAAAAAAUAAUAAUGGCUUUAGAUUAGACAUCAGAAAUGCAGUCUUGAGUAGUCCAGAGUAGUUAGCCUGUAGCCUUUGAUCAUGAUCAUUUCUUCAAAGACAUGACUAUUCUACUUCUAACAGUAAAAGUUUUCAUCUGAUCACAAAAACACAGUCUUGACUUUUUUGUUAGGUAGUCCCCGCAGAGAAUCAGACUCUACUUUAAGAGACAUUUUCCAGUCUUACACAAUGACUCCAUGCUAUUUUUUAUAUCCGUGAAAUGAACUUUUCGAUAAAAUUGGUAUCCACUGUGUUUUCAAGUCGACCGACCAAAGGAAUAGGUUUAAACCACAGAAAAAAUAAAAACUGGCAACUGUUUUUUUUCUCAUUGCUGGUCCAUUUUUGGUUUAUGUUCUUGUGUUUUUAUCUUCUAUGGUUUUUUAUCUAUUGUUUUCAGACUUGUUUUAUGAGCUAAUGUCAAGGCAACCAGCAUUCACAUUGCUUUGUUGUUACAAGUAAUGUAAUUCAAAAACUUCUAACCAAUGGAAAAUUCUCGCCUAGAGUGGCAUGUUUUUAAGAAACAGAAAGUGUUUUGUAUAAACCUACUUGACAUUGUUUCAUUUCUAUGCAUUAAACCAUUUUAUUAUAUGCA